AUGCGCCCGCAUGGCGGUUCGUCCAUCGUAGCGGCGUCCAACCUCCCAGCGCCCUUGACCAACGGAGAACUGCUGCAGGUCGCCAGCCUGAGCGAUGUGCCCGACUCAGAAGCUUUGGCGGCGUGGCUCUCGGAGAGAGGCUUAGACACCUCAGACUGGGGCAAAGAAAAUACAAAAGAUGUCAGCAAGUACUGGAAGGAGAUCAAGCUGAACGAGGCGGGCCUCGAAGUUUGGAAGACAGCCGAUGGGACGCUGCAGCCCGUGCGCACCACCCACGUGUUGCGGGCCAAGGUGACCUCGCCCGACCGGUAUCAGCGUGGCAUCUUCCUCUUCAACACCUGGCAGCAGUACGGCGACGGGCGCACGCGCACACGGAACGGUCUGCUGUCCGAGAAGUUGACCAUUGAUGAAAUGCCACUGGAGCAGAAUCUUCACGAGGUCUGCCGAAGGGCGGUGACGGAGGAAGAGAUGCAGCGGGUCGUCGAGUCCACCAUGAAGAUUGGGCCCGGUCGACCGGCGCCGGAGUUCGACCCCAGCUAUCAAUGCCCCUUGGAGGUGGUCGAUGAGCAUUUCGUAGAUCACAUCAUCGAGCUGGAGAAGUCCAAAAGUUAUCCAGGACUUCUCACCAUGUAUCAUUUGUACACUGUCGACAUUAUUUGCACUGGCUUGCCGUUAACUGACUUGAACACACUUGAGUUUGAACAUCCCGACAAGGAUGGCAAUCGCAAGCUCAAGUAUAUUCAUGCCUGGGUGUGGCUUGAGUGGCCACAGAUCCAGCGCUACCUUUUUGAAGGUAGUGUGCUGAAAGAGACCAAAGGUAAAGGGUCAUUCGGAGAUGCAGCUGCAUUAGCCAUGUGGCUGUCGCAGUUCGAUCUGCACAUGGACCGAUGGGGCAAAGGAACCCUGAAGUCCGUGGAGAGCUUGUUCCGAGAGAUCGAGAACGAAGACUCGCAACUGGAGCUCUGGGGCCGUCAUGAUGGGGUACCCAUGCUCAUGCGUGUGACGCAUGUCCUUCAGCUACGGGUGACUCAUUCAGAUCCAAGUUUGAAGGGGAAAUUCCUCUUCAGUUCUUGGUCGGAGUCAGCCACUGGCAAGAAGCGUGUAACCCACACGCUGCCAGCCAUGAAGCUCACCUUGAAAGACAUGCCGUACGACCUGGAGAAGUUCACCACCUGCGCCGGCGCCUUGGUCGCGGACCAGCUGAGCCACGUGGUCGACGUCCACUACCGGUUUACAGCCGACACUUCCUUGAGCGAUUCCGAGCCCUCUGGUGUGCAAAUGCAAGAAGUUCGAAGCUUGACUGAAUCCGUGUCAGUUCUUCGACUUGGGAGUUUCUUCAGUUCGAGACGUUGA